AAUAGUAAAAAAAUGAAAAGGAUGAGGGAAGGAGUUAGCCAACGAUUCCAUUGCACAAAAGGUGUUGUUCCCCAAACUCUUGUACCCUCUCGAUUCCCAUUCCCCUUUCUCUCUCUUCAAAUUGCUUUCACUACCCAUGGUGGGAGAGUAGUGAGGAAGGAACAGAACAGAACAGAACAGAACAAAAGCCUCCUCUAAUGGAUAGAGAAACCCUCCAAAAUUAGGGUUUCAUUUCCCCUCUUUUUUUCUCCAAGCAACAGAAGAAAGGGGAUGAUGAAGCGCUUGUUGGGUGGGCCCGGAACCAUUAGCGGCUUUCUCUUGAGGUUCGGCCAAUGCGCCUUCGGUGCGGCUUCAAUUUCACUCAUGGUCACUGCUCUUGGCUUCUCUAGCUACACCGCUUUCUGCUAUUUAAUUGCAUCAAUGGGACUUCAAGUACUCUGGAGCUUUGGUCUUGCAUGUCUUGAUAUUUAUGCCUUGAGGAGAAAAAGAGACUUACAAAAUCCUAUUCUUGUCAGCCUGUUUGUUGUAGGUGAUUGGGUAACGGCAACUUUAUCACUGGCAGCUGCAUGCUCAUCAGCAGGGAUUGUAGUAUUAUAUGCCAGAGACCUGAACAUGUGUGUGACAAAUAAGAACCAUCUCGCUUGCAACAGGUACCAGAUUUCUGUAGCCAUGGCUUUUGUGACCUGGGUUCUUACAGCAAUGUCAUCGCAUGUGAUGUUUUGGAUCUUGGCCUCGGUCUAGCCUGACUUAUUUUCUUUGCUAGACAUACAUAUGACCACCAUAGAUAUCUCAGUAUCUUUGAUAGGUCUUGUAAAUUUUGUUGUAUCAAUAUUUGCCAUGACAUGUGGCAAAUUUUUUCCCUAGUCUCCCUUCUCAAAACUAUGAUUGAUUUUUCAUUUUUCAAUCUUGCCACGCCUCUCAUUCUAGAUAUAGGUUCUGGUUUAAUCUAAGCCUUGGACAUGAUAUUGUAAACUCACUUCCUUAUUUUAGUUAAGAUAUUGUCCUUCUGCUUGGUGCA